GGUUGCGCCAUGUUAACGCUGCACGUUGCAGCCGCAGCAGCCAGUAGCGGCAAUACAGAGUCAUAUGCAGGAUUAUAGAGUUAAACCCGGCCAGCAGCCACAGAGAAGAUUGCCAUUGCGUUUGAGGCUUUUAUUUAAUGCACCGCAACCCAAGAGGAAGCCAGAAUCGCGUCCCGAUUUUGGAAUGAUCAUUUCUUACUGUGCCAGAGGCCCCUUGAAUUGAAUGUAAUGUGAACAUCUACAGCAAUGUGGUUAUUUUCCUGCAGAUGAGCUGCCGUUUUGUCCUCUCCCCCCCUCCUAUUCUCCUUUCAUCAUAAUUCAAGAUCAUCUUCAAUUCACUGGACUCUCCUAAAGCUGUAUAUGAAGACGGAGUGGGGACCGUAAUGACCGCACGCUUCCGGUUGCCUGCUGGCAGAACUUACGAUGUGGGAGCGUUGGAGGAGGCCAGAGAGAGACAGCACGCGCAGGUGGUGUGUAACGUUUUACUGCUGGACAACACAGUACAGACCUUCAGAGUCAAUAAGCAAGAUCAGGGGCGGAUCUUGUUGGACGUAGUGUAUAAACACUUGGAGCUAACAGAGCAAGACUACUUCGGCCUUCAACUAGCAGACGACUCUUCUGACAGCCAGAGGUGGCUGGACCCAAACAAACCUGUUAGAAAACAGCUCAAAAGGCCAUCCCCACAUAAUCUGAGGUUCAGGGUGAAGUUUUUCGUGAGUGACCCUGGUAAAUUACAGGAAGAGUACACAAGGUAUUUGUACUUUUUGCAACUGAAGCAGGAUAUUCUGAGCGGCAGGCUUCCUUGUCCACAAAACACUGCAGUUCUUCUGGCUUCUUAUGCUGUUCAGGCUGAGUUGGGGGACUACAGUCACUCCGAACAUUUGUCUGGGUACCUCUCUGAGUACAGCUUCAUUCCCAACCCUCCGCAGGACUUUGAGAAAGAGGUCGCUAAACUUCACCAAGAGCACAAUGGACUCACACCAGCUCAGUCCGAGUUUAACUACUUGAAUGCUGCACGGACGCUGGAGCUGUACGGCGUGGACUUGCACUAUGCUCGGGACCACUGUAACGCAGAGAUUUACAUUGGAGUUUUGUCUGCCGGCAUCUCCGUGUAUAAGGACAGGGUACGAGUCAACCACUUUCCAUGGUUGAAAAUUGUAAAAAUUUCUUUUAAAUCUAAACAGUUUUUUAUACAAAUAAGAAGAGAACUGACUGAGAACGGAGAGACUUUAUUGGGUUUCAACAUGAUGAACUACAGAGCUUGUAAGAACUUAUGGAAGGCCUGCGUGGAGCAUCACACGUUCUUCAGACUGGAACGGCCCAUUCCUCCUGAGAGAAACCUCUUCCUGCAGUACUUCACCCUCGGAUCCAAGUUCCGCUACUGUGGGAGGACAGAGGCGCAGUCUGUACAGUACGGAAAAGAAAGAGGCAUCAAGAACAGAGUUUUUGCACGGUCACCAAGCAAGCCUCUGGUCAGGAGACUGAUGAGCGGUUUGGACUGGGAGACCGUCAGCAGGAAUUCCCUCUCGGACGACCGACUCGAGACUCAGAGUCUGCCGAACCGUUCUCCGCCAGACUCGCCCGAUCACAGUAACUCCGUGUUUAACACAGAGGGUGCGCGGGUCAGGCCGUCCUCCAUCGGUCACCUAGUCGAUCACGUGAUCGAUGACUCACCAUGCCAGACGUUAACCAAUCACAAGUCUGCAUCCUCCACGCAGGCCAAUAGCAUCAGCCUGGACUCGACACCGUCUCCCGAUGUAACGACUGAUGAGCAGCCGCCCGCUCUGCCCCCAAAACAGUCCAGAAAAGACCCUCUGACCCACAACGGCAGAUCACAGUCUCAGCACGAGUUGGACGACCACCUCAGCGAAUUAUACAAUGUACCUGCGGCAUCAGGAAAGAGCAUGAAUGGAGCCGUGCCUCAUGACAAUCUUGUUCUGAUUAAAAUGAGGCCGGAUGAAAACGGACGAUUUGGAUUUAACGUUAAGGGUGGCGCUGAUCAGAGGAUGCCCAUCAUAGUGUCCCGUGUGGCUCCAGGAACUCCGGCUGAUAUGUGUAUGCCGCGCCUCAACGAGGGCGACCAGGUCGUGCUGAUUAAUGGCCGCAAUAUCUCAGAGCACACUCACGAUGAUGUGGUUAUGCUAAUUAAGGCCAGCUGUGAGGAACAAUCAGGAGAGCUCAUCAUGCUUGUCAGACCCAAUGCUAUCUAUGAUGUGGACGAGGAGCAGGAGAAGUUGGAUCUGGAGCCAGAUUUCCAGUACAUUCCGGAGACGUCCGGUCUAGAGCAGAGCCACUCGGAGGCUGAUAGUUUGAGGUCCUCAAUACAGCUGCUGAAAGACGGUCUUUCCAGCGGUACCGUGCUUGCGCAGUUUGAUCAACUGUACAGGAAACGUCCUGGGAUGUCCAUGUCAUGUGCCAGAUUGCCACAAAACGUCUCCAAAAACCGUUAUCGGGACAUUUCUCCAUAUGACACCACUCGAGUUGUAUUAAAGGGGACGGAUGAUUAUAUCAAUGCAAAUUUCAUCAACAUGGAAGUCCCAAGUAAAGGUGAAGUAAAGCGGUAUAUCGCCUGCCAAGGGCCACUUCCUGGUACCUGCUCGGACUUUUGGCAGAUGGUGUGGGAACAGAGCGCCGCCCUUGUGGUCAUGCUCACAACACAAGUUGAACGUGGCAGGGUGAAAUGUCAUCAAUACUGGCCAAAUGUUUCCGCAAGUGGCACCUACGGAGGUUUCCAGGUUACAUGCGUGUCGGAGGAAGGGAACUCUGCGUACCUGCUCAGAGAUCUGACUCUUACCCACCUGGAGAGUAAAGAAGAAAGGCAGAUUUGUCAGAUGCAGUACUUGGCGUGGCCCGAUCACGGCGUGCCAGAUGAUUCGUCGGACUUCCUGAACUUUGUCAGUCAAGUACGCAGCAAAAGAGCUGACACUCCAGAACCUGUGGUGGUUCAUUGCAGUGCCGGGAUUGGUCGUACCGGGGUACUUAUCACCAUGGAGACAGCGAUGUGUUUGAUAGAAAAUGGUCAGUCGGUGUAUCCCUUAGACAUCGUCAGAACCAUGAGAGACCAGCGUGCCAUGAUGAUCCAGACUCCUAGCCAGUACCGUUUCGUCUGCGAAGCGAUUCUGAAAGUUUACGAAGAGGAGAUUGUAAAACCGUUCGAGACUGAGCCUCCGGUCGAAAAGGAAGAAUGAACACCACCCUUCAGCAUUUCUGAGGUUCUUCUGUGAUUUACAACUACUGCCUGUGAGAUCUGCGCUCAGCUCGCUGUCGCCCCCUGCUGGAAGGCUGUGGACAUGACUGCCUGCAAGCUAGAAUACAGACGAAAAAGCACUAUUGCACUUUACAGCGACAAACAAUGACUUAAGGGGAUUUUUCGUUUUUACGAAAAAAGAAAACAAAAACGCAGUAUCAGGUUACUGAUUAAUAGGUACUGUUAAUAACGUUAACUCUUUGGGUCGGAGAAAGAAAUGAGCUUUUGCUUUCGUGCCAAAAGCUGAAAUGAGCCACAGUCCAUGUCAGAAUUAACUUGCAACUAAUGAAAGCAUUUUACAUUUUACUGGUUAUUUAUUUGUUUUGGGUUUAUUUUUUUUUAACAGUUGACUUAAAAGCAACGGGUGCUCGCCCCAUUCUCUUCCCUUUUCUUGACUGUGACUGUUUAGUUUUAACAUUUAAAACAUAGGUUUAAAUCGUUAAAGUACUUUUUUUUUUUUUUUUUUUUUUUUUAAAUUGUCAAACAAAAGCAGUCAGUCGAUAAAGCUUUUUUUGACACAUUUCAUUCGUUUUUACCCUGGCGCGUUAAGGAUUUUGAGGUUAUUUGCAAGGUACUUUAGAUUUGCGUAACGUACUUUCGUUACUUGAUACAGUUUCCAUGAUAACAUUACGGUUGUCUCUAAAUUUAGUAAAAUUAACAGGCACCAGCUGCAUUGAAAAUGAGCCAUGGUGAAGAUGUUUCUUGCUGCCAAAUUUCACAGCUGUUUGCCUCUAAAACCAAUUGGUGCGUCGCUUUGGCUAAUCGCUAUUUAUUGCAAGGCUACGUGUAGUGCGUAAAACGCCUGACGUUUGUAUCGUAAAAAUAUGCAUCAGGCAGCUGUUCUGCUCUCAGAUCCACGUUUGCUGGAUCUUUGAAGCAUUUUAUUUAGAAGUUAAAGCUGUGAAUUUCACAUUAGCUUUGCUGGCGGAAACUGGAUACUUAGUUGAUGAGUAUGGAUGCAAAUUAAAAGUUUAACGUACAAUUUAGUCUAGCAUCAUCACAUAGUCUCAAAUACCAAUUUUCUUCCAUGUUUACAAUCAAAAUUUCAAAACUUCUACUGUAAGAAACCGAUUACCUUCAGAUUGCAGUUGUUCGCCCUGUAUGAAGAAUUUCGUUCUUUGUUGAGGAGUAAUAUCUGCUCUCCUCUCUGAAGAUACAGGUUAAAAUUCUGUUUAUCAUUGGCUAUGCUUAUCCAUAUCUCCUCUUCUCUAACUUUUUACCUGUUAGCUAUUACCUGCAAUAUACUCGUAAGGUGGUCAUAGUUCAUUUAGUACUUGCUAUGGCUGUAGAGAUGAUGGCAUUUACAGAACUCUUCGGCCACUUUAUCGUUUUAUUCACCACAAGUGCAACAUUUUACAAAUGCUUGAUGAUCAGUUAAGUUUUUAGUUUGCAAAACAUGAAGUUCUCAUUCUGAAGGGAAAAGAUAAAUAUGAGUUAUAGAGCAAAAUGUUUUUAAUCUGACACCAUCUCAAACAUUUUCCCCCUGUACGAUGUUUUGCGGUGCCAUUGCGCAAACGAUUUGGCGUCAAGGACCAAUCCCGCCCACCGUUUUGAAUGUGAGCCGAUUUUGCUUCAGUGUACGUCGUUAUAGCGCAGCAGCUAGAAAUUUACUACCGGCGAUGCGUCGGAAGUGGUGGUAUUUUUAUAUUUAACGAAAAAUGAACGAAAAAAGGACAGCACUUUGCAACUGACUGUGGUAGUCAGCUGUGCUACUGUAGAAUUUAUACUGUUAUUGUGUGAUGGGGAAAAUAUGCUGUUUAAUUAUUUAUGUUGAACAUUUUGUCAAAUACAGACACCUGUGGGGGGCUCUUAACUACAUAGUGUCAUAUGUGAAAUAUUUGUAAAUACAAUGUUAUAUAUUAAAAGUGUUCUGAAAAGAUAACGGUGGUUAUUUUUGUUUUAGUACGUUUUUAAAACGUCAAAAAAAGUACUGAGGAAAUUGUAUGUCAUGUUUGUAUAUCUCACAGUUGUGUUUGUGUGUAUGUCUGUGAGAGCGAGUACGUCUUUUGUACAGAAUGUUUUGUUUCUUACUGGCGUACAUUUUGAAAUUGUGCUUAAAUAAGCUGACUCUUCUUUUGGCGCUUGUGACACACGUCAAAUCAAAUAUAAUACAGCUCAAA